GAGACACUGCCGUACAGAGCUGUGUGACCUGAAGCCACCACGCAAAGGGUCUCUUCCUCUUCUUUAGCUUCCUUCUUCUUCUCUAUAUAUUCAUGCUAUUUUCAUUUCUUUAACAAAAUACAAAGAAAAACAAACAAACCUCUUUUCUUUGUUUUUAACGAUGGGAAGCUUCUUCAUCAUCCGUUGCUUCUUGUUACUCUCUUUCUUCUUGUUCACCGGAGCAUUUGGGAAUAAUUUAUGGACCAGAACGGAAAUGGUGGAGAUGGCUGGCUACGGUGAACAGAAACUCUCCUCUGUCGUGAUCACCGGAUCUCUUCUCUGCGACACUUCACGUCCUCACCUUCACUCCAUCCCUAUCCCAGGUGCCACCGUUGCCAUCAAGUGCCACACUGGAUCCAAAAGGAGGUCCAAAUGGAUUAAGGCUGUUACUGAUGAAUUGGGAGAGUUUGAAAUCGAUCUUCCCUCCCAACUCCAUGCGAUUCCACACCUUGAAAACACUUGUUUCAUCAAGCCAGUAUAUGUGCCUAGGCCCUAUAGAUGCUAUAACACCUCUACCAAUAUACACAAACCUAUCAAACUUGUUUCCUCUACCAAUGGUUUCCGUGUCUACACCUCAGGGAAAAUCAGGUUACAGGGCCACAGUUCGAGAUCAUAGCAAGCUCGUUGAGACAACAUUUCAACCAAAAGAUUUGAACACAAACAGCUGAUUCUUCAAGUUCCUUCAUGUGAAAAGCAUUUUUUUUGUUAUGGUCCUCGUUUGCUUAGCUGGCGCUCCAGUCACAGAACCGAGUUAGAGUCUCUCUACAUUGUGUUUCAUGUUCCCAAAGUGUAAGAACAAACAACUGUAAGCAUCAUGUAUAUAAAGGCUCCCAUGUUUUUGGUACAAAA